AUGCUUUUCUUCCCAGGCGGUUUCAGCAAGUUCCAGGCCGAGUUCGCCCUCCACUGCGAAACUAACCUAGACAGUUCGUGUAGUAGCAGCUCUCCUCCUUUGCCAGUUCUGGGCUUGGGAGGCCUCCGAAUCAGCUCCGAUUCCUCAUCAGACAUUGAAUCUGACAUUGACAGAGACCCCAAUAGUGCCACCGACUCCGAUGGCAGCCCUCUAUCCAACAACCAGCCUUCCUUCCCGGUGGAGAUUUUACCCUACCUCUACUUAGGCUGUGCCAAGGACUCCACUAAUCUGGACGUUUUAGAAGAGUUUGGCAUUAAAUACAUCUUGAAUGUGACCCCCAACCUGCCUAAUCUCUUUGAAAACGCCGGCGAAUUCAAGUACAAACAGAUCCCGAUCUCUGACCACUGGAGCCAGAAUCUGUCUCAGUUCUUUCCUGAGGCCAUCUCCUUUAUAGAUGAAGCACGGGGGAAGAACUGUGGUGUCCUGGUGCAUUGCUUAGCAGGGAUCAGCCGCUCGGUCACAGUGACGGUGGCCUACCUCAUGCAGAAGCUCAACUUGUCCAUGAAUGAUGCCUACGAUAUUGUCAAAAUGAAGAAGUCCAACAUUUCACCCAACUUCAACUUCAUGGGUCAACUGCUGGACUUUGAGCGGACCCUGGGCUUGAGUAGCCCGUGUGACAAUCGAGUGCCGAACCAGCAGCUGUACUUCACCACCCCUUCCAAUCAGAAUGUCUUCCAGGUGGAUUCCCUGCAGUCCACGUGA